AGCUAAACAAACAUGGCUCUGCUACUUUUUCGGACAACGAACCCUUAUGAUACUUAGGCACGUAGAAAAAAAGGGAAACAUGCAACAGACAAAACGCGUCCUGUUAUUUGAUAUAUGACACUUUAAUGUAAGAAAAGCGGUAUCUUUGUUGUAUUCGGCGCAGAGAAGCCCUUCGCAGCCGUGUUUACAUACAGCUAACUCCACAGUUGGCUAAUGGAAGCUAGUUGUAGCAAAAUGGACCUUGGAACAAUGUUGUACAACAAUUUAAAAGAUGUUACAUGGAGCACGACGUCCCUACCUUUAGACCAGCUGGUCAGUACAUAUAAGCUGCCCCAGAUUGCCAAACUGGAUAACGGUCAGUCAGUUGAAGGGCUUCGAGACAAUGACUACCUCUUGAUCCAUUCCUGCCGUCAGUGGACAACUAUUACUGCUCACAGUCUGGAGGAGGGACACUACGUGAUUGGGCCCAAGAUAGAGAUUCCUGUUCAUUAUGAAGGUCAGUUUAAGCUGCUGGAGCAGGACAGAGAUGUCAAGGAGCCUGUGCAGUACUUCAACAGUGUGGAGGAGGUGGCCAAAGCGUUCCCUGAAAGGGUGUACGUCAUGGAGGAGAUCACUUUCAAUGUUAAGAUGGCUUCAGGGGAGUGUAAUGAAGACACAGAAGUUUACAACAUAACACUAAGUACUGGUGACGAACUGACUUUAAUGGGUCAGGCGGAGAUCCUUUACGCCAAGAGCUCUAAAGAAAAGUCGAGGCUCAACACCAUUUUCAAGAAGAUCGGCAAGCUCAACUCCAUCAGCAAAAUCGGCCGCGGGAAGAUGCCCUGCUUGAUUUGCAUGAACCACCGCACCAACGAGAGCAUCAGCCUGCCCUUUCAGUGCAAGGGCCGGUUCAGCACCUGCAGCCCGCUGGAGCUGCAGAUGCAGUACGGCGAGCACACCAUCCGGAACAUCGUGGAGAAAACCCGACUCCCGGUCAACGUGGUCGUGCCUGGCACGCCGCCCCGCAACCAGCACGACCUCCACCUCAUCCGCGAGGGCCACCGCUACAAGCUGGUCAACAUCCAGACCAAGACGGUGGUGGUGUGCUGCGUCCUGCGGAGCAACAAGAUCAUCCCCACCCACUUCCCCUUCCACAUGGCCAUGCCGAGAUUCAUCGUCCCGGAAGAGCUGCUGCAGGGAGAGCUGUGGCUGGAGACCAUGGUGCACCGCUGGUUUUCCUUCUGCCAGGAGCAGUUCGACAUCGACGACUACUCUCGGGCCGUCCGGGACGUGCGGGCCGACUGGAACGAAGACGGCAGUAGCCCGAAAAAAAGCAGCGGGAACGGCAGCUGCGGAGGGAGCGGCGGAAGCGGCAGCUCAAACGGGUGUCCUGGCCACAAGCAGGUGCCCAGCUCGUUGACGUACGCCAGAGACGAGCUCACGCAGUCUUUCCACCGACUCUCGGUGUGCGUGUACGGCAGCAACCUGCACGGGAACAGCGAAGUCAACUUGCAGGGGUGUAUGACGCUGUGCGGAGACUGGGCUCUCCCGCCUUCCGAUGGCGGCCAUUCAGAAUUCGGAGAGAACGAGCACCUGUUCCCUGAGCUGUCGGACUUCACCAGCCAACAUGCAAGUCUCAGCAAGUUGGACGUUCCCUAUGAGGAGUUGUGGUUGGAUCACCUGAAAAGGCAGAGUCCAAAACCUUCCUCAGGUGAAGGCGUACGAGUCGCCAACGACGACUGUGCAACAACGGCCGCACUGUAUCCAGUCACAUGUCCUCUUGCUGCCAGAACCAGUUUGGACAUUCCACUUACUCCGCCACCGGUCCCACCAAAGUCUGAAGCUGUGAAGGAGGAAUGUCGUCUACUGAACGCUCCACCCAUUCCUCCCAGAAGUAUAAAGCAGCUACCGUCGGUGCCCAUCCCGUCGAAGCCCCGCCAGCAGGACACUCGGUCGCCAAGUCCAACGCUUUCCUAUUAUUCAUCUGGUCUUCAUAACAUCAGUGGAGCAACUGAGCAAGAGGGAGCCGAGCUACAAGAGCAAAGUCACGUCUGCUACCCCUGCAGCUGGGGUAACGUCAGCACUAUGGAGAAAAGAGCCACUUCGCCCAGCGGAGGCCCGCCGUUGGACGGCGUGUCGUCCCGUCUGUCUUGGCCCAACAACUUUAUCGGAGGGGACGCUCACUGCAUGGACGAGUUCGUGCCCGCGAGCUGCCGGAGCUACUUCAGCUACCCCAGAAAGAGGACCCCGAGUUCCUCGAAAACCUGCGCAAUCAGUCUGGAUGACUAUGACGGCCGAGAGCUGGCACGCCGCCGCGCAGAGUUCAGCUUGCAGAAAGGCCCCACUGACCAGAUCUGCACUAAAUCUUCAAGCUGCAACUCGGAAAUGUACCGGAACACGCCAAUAGAAGAAUCGAACACUAAGCAGAGCUUAUCCUGCCCCAUUUUACCACCAAGAACACCUAAAUCCAACGCCAUCAAGAAGUGCCCAGAUUUCCCGACGGAGUCCAUCUGCGACGAGUCGCAGCGGGCCGCCGUUCAAACCGAGCCGGGCACCAAUGAGAUUAGUCCCAGCUCUGCAACUCUAAACUGUCCCUCUGUCUCUCCCGCCGCGCAGUGGCAGCCGCCUUUGAACUUGUCCGGCAUCUCCAUCGAAGAGGUGUCCAAGUGUCUGAAGUUCAUCGGCCUGCCCAACGACAUAGUCUCCCUUUUUGUGUCCGAGAAAAUCGACGGGAAUCUCCUCCUGCAGCUCACCGAGGAGAUUUUGUCCGAAGACUUCCGCCUAAGCAAGCUGCAGGUGAAGAAACUCAUGCAGUUCAUAAACGGGUGGAGACCCAAGAUAUAACGGUAUGAAACACUAAAUCUGGUUGUAAAGCGGAGAACAUAAUGCCUUCAAGUAUACACGCUAUGCACAGCAAGCCGCAAGCAGGCUUGGGAUUUUUCUUUGAUAUGUUGAACCUAUUUCCGUCGCGGGAAACGUCCCAGGGUUUUUGUCGUUCCUGCAAACCCUCGGACUGUCUGCGACUUUAACUGAGCGAAACAAAUUGGCACUUUCAUUACAAGGCAUAUAUUUAUGUCAGAAUCCUAGUGUGUUUCCAUCCACGACCCGCUAAUUAUUUAUGACGAAAAAAUGUUGUUUUUAUUUGAGUCAAAUGAAAUACAAACGAAAACAAAUGUGAAGAACUAUAGGAUGCUAGAAUCUUAAGCUAUUAAGAUUUUCAAGAGCACAAACUACAUGUGUGUCUAAAACGUAGCGUCAAUAAUAAUUUUUUUUAAAUAAACAAUGCUUCUUUUUAAAAACUAAAUUGAAAAAUACACUAUUCACUAAUUAUAGGGAAAGUUCAUGAUUUCUCAAGCAGUUUUGUUGCAAUAUAAGAAAAGCUUUUUAUCUUACCUGCAAUAGCCAACUUUCUCUGUGUCUUCAUUUAGUAUCAUUUUGUUUCAAAUUUUCAGUUCAGUCUUAUUUUAUUCAAAACGGCAGUGUACAUAAAAAACGCAAAUGCAACGCAAUUCCAGUUUAGUUGGUCGCCGAGUCAAGAGCUAAUGGCUAGCUCGAGAGGAGCUGAGACCAAAGCAGACUAAAAUCUUUAAACGGCUCCAAUAAAAAGAAAAAGUCAAUCCAUGUUAAUAUGUCAUGUUAAGCUAGUUAACAAGAAUACUAAUGUUUUUGUUACCCAUGUUGCAUCCCUUGAAAGUUGUUUAAUACUAGAAAUCGAGCCAGUCUUUAAUUUUUGUACAGAAGUUGUGCUCUCUAUGGCCUUCUAUAUAUAUAUAUAUAUAUAUAUAUAUAUAUAAGAUAA